AUGUCACAAGUAAUGCUAGUUUUAGGUCCAAGUAGAGUUGGAAAAAGUAGUUUAAUUGAUGCGCUCACUUAUGGACAAUUUCAUAGGGAAUUUUAUCCUUAAGAUAUAGAUUUCUAAGUUAAAUUAGCAAAAGUAGCAUAACACAGAGUUUAUGAAGUAUAAUCAAUAGAAUGGGAUGGAAAACCUUUUGGAUUAGUUUAAUUCUAUUCAAAUGUUGCUGAUUUAAUAUUGAUAGUUGUUAAUAUUUGCGGUUGUUAUGAUUAAAUGGACUAAAUUCAUGAUAUAUACUAAGCUUUACCAAUUGCAAAUAAUAAAUAAUAAAUAGUAUUAAUCGGUAAUUUAAAUGGAUAAAAUAAAAGAAAUGAAAAAUUGUGUUAGAGUCUGAGUACAUUUGCAAAAUUAAAUGAUCUUAAAUUGUAUGAAUUAGAUAGCACAAAUAUAAUGAAUGUUUAAAUGGAAUUUAGUUUUAUUACUCAACCUUAUUCAUUAUUUGAUGAUAUUUGGAAUAGAAAUUAAAAUUAUGUUACAUAAUUUGUGUCAUAAGCUGUAUCCUUAUUCAUUUGA